AUGCGAUGCUUCUUCAGAUCACUUCAGCAAGCCCGCGCUCUACAUUCCCGCCAUUCCCUUCAGCAGUGCCGAAGCGCACCCGGCUUCUACCAUCGCCGAGCACCGGCGUCAGCUUCCACUUUGCGAGUCCCUAGCCUCUUCUUGCAUCUCCAGUCCCAUCGGCAUCCCCAUCGGCAUCCCCAUCCCCGCCGCCACCUCGCCAAGAUGGGCUCCACCGACGUGGCCCCGCCGUCGGGGGCAUCGGCGACCUCAGAUCUGAAGGCCAAUUUCAAGGCCGUCUUCCCGGAGCUCGUCGACGAGAUCAUGGCCGAACUGCAUGACCAAUUCGACCUCCCGGAGGACGCCCUCAAAUACAUCCGCCACAACCUCGAGUACAACGUCCCGCACGGCAAGCUCAACCGCGGCCUGGCCGUGUCUCAUUGCUACAAAGCCUUCCGCAAGGGCGACGCCAUCAAGCCCCACGAAGAGCGUGCCGCGUACAUCCUCGGCUGGUGCGUAGAGCUGCUCCAGGCCUUCUUCCUCGUCGCCGAUGACAUCAUGGAUGCCUCCGUCACGCGCCGCGGCCAGCCCUGCUUUUUUCGACUUCCGCAAGUCGGGCUUAACGCCAUUAACGACUCGCUCGUGCUUGAGAGCAUGAUUUACCGCCUCAUUCGCAAGCACUUUCGCGACUCGUCCGUUUAUGUCGACUUGGUCCACCUCUUUCAGGAUAUUACGUACACUACCGAGAUCGGCCAACUGCUCGACUUGACGUCCAACGAGGCGGACAAGGUGCAGUUAGAUCGCUUUACGGAUGACGCGCUUGCGAGAAUUUACAAAUAUAAGACCUCGCAUUAUACCUUCUAUUUGCCUGUCGCCUUGGGAAUGCGACUUGCUGAGGUCUCCGAUCAGAAAUGCUAUGAUACGGCAAAGCAAAUAUGUCUCAAAAUUGGUCAUUUUUUCCAAGCCCAGGAUGACUUUCUGGAUGCGUUUGGCGAUCCUGAAGUCACAGGCAAGGUAGGUACCGAUAUCGAGGAGAAUACAUGCACCUGGCUUAUCGUCGAAGCCCUCAAAGUGGCCACGCCCGCAGAUAUGGCUAUCCUUAAUGAAAACUACGGCGUCAAGAACAAAGCCAAUUCGGACAAAGUCAAGGAAGUAUAUACAAGGCUUGGAUUGAAGGAUAAAUUCCUCAAAUUUGAGAACAAGACAUACGAAGAAGCAACUAAGAUGAUAGAGGAUGUCUCGGGAAUGCCAACCGGGGCUUUUGAGUUUCUUUUGACGAGCCUCUAUAAAAGAAAGAAGUAG